GCCUGGCUCGGUGGCGGACGGGCAGAGAGCGGACGCAGUUCACCGGUCCCGUGCAGGUUAGACGGUGUGCGACACUACAGCAGCCGCCAUGAGCAAGAUCGUGGAAUGCGUUCCGAACUUCUCCGAGGGGCGGGACCAGAAGGUCAUCGACGCCAUCUCGUCAGCCAUCUCGGGCACCGCCGGCGUCACUCUGCUGGACGUGGAUCCAGGCCGCUCCACCAACCGCACCGUGGUCACGUUCGUGGGCGACCCGCAGUCGGUGGUGGAGGGGGCGCUGAACGGGGCGCGCGCCGCCGCCCGGCUCAUCGACAUGACACGGCACAAAGGUAAACACCCGCGGAUGGGAGCCCUGGACGUGUGCCCUUUCAUCCCGGUCAGAGGAGUGACUGAGGACGAGUGCAUCCAGUGUUCCAAACGAUUCGGUGAGCGGCUGGCCGCAGAGCUGGGCGUGCCGGUGUUCCUGUACGGAGCGGCCUGCAGCCGCGGCGAGUACCGGCGCACCAUGCCGCAGAUCCGCGCCGGGGAGUACGAGGCUCUCUCUGACCGACUGCAGGACGAGCGGUGGGCGCCCGACUUCGGGCCCGCCCAGUUCGUACCGAAAUGGGGCGCCACCGUCACCGGCGUCCGAAAGUUCCUCAUCGCGUACAAUGUCAACAUCCUCGGCACCAAGGAGCAGGCGCACAGGAUCGCGCUGAACAUCCGUGAGGGAGGUCGCGGGCCGAGCUCGCCCGGCCGUCUGCGCUGCUGCCAGGCCAUCGGCUGGUAUCUAGAUGAGGCCGACAUUGCCCAGGUCUCCAUCAACCUGACCGACUAUCAGGUCACACCGCUGCACGUCGCCUUCGAGGAGUGUAAGACGGACGCGGCGGCGCUGAAGCUGGCCGUGGCCGGCUCGGAGGUGGUCGGCCUACUCCCCCUGGACGCUCUCCUACAGGCUGCCGACUUCUACAUACAGCGGGAGAACCUGUUUAUCCUGGAGGAGCGGCAGAAGGUCCGGCUGGCCGUGGAGCGGCUCGGUCUCAGCUCAGUCUCUCCGUUCGACCCAGAUAAACGGAUCAUCGAGUACUGCCUUCCGCCGGCGAGCGGCGGCCGGCUGGCCGCCCUGCCAGUUUCCCAGUUUGUCCGAGAGGUGGCAGCACGCAGCGCCGCUCCAGGGGGCGGCUCGGUCGCCGCCCUCUGCGCAGCUCUGGGGGCGGGUCUGGCCAGCAUGGUCGGUAAGAUGACGUACGGAAAGCGCCAGUGGGAGCACCUGGACUCUGAGAUGCGCCGGCUCAUCCCCGUGUUCCACCACGAGGUCGACGAGCUGGUGAGGGCCGUGGACGACGACACGGCCGCUUUCGGCGACUACAUGGCGGCGCUGAAGCUGCCGCGCGCCACCGAGGAGGAGACGGCCGCUCGCCAGGCGGCGCUGCAGGCGGGUCUCCGCUCAGCAGUUGCCGUGCCGCUGGGCCUGCAGCGGCGCGUGGACCGACUCUGGGAGCCGCUCUCCGAGCUGGCGCCGCUCGGCAACAUCGCCACCAAAUCCGACCUGCAGGUGGCGGCGCGGUGCUUGGAGACGGCCUCCUGGGGCGCCUUCCACAACGUCUCCAUCAACCUGAAGGAGACCGAGGACGUCGCGUUCCGGGAGCAGACGCUGCAGGAGGCGCGCCAGCUGGCCGACCGGGCCACCGCGCACAGUCGGCAGGUGCUCGACACGCUGGAGAAACGCGCCGAGUGACCUGGCCUGGGUCAGUCAGCGGACCAAGUGACCUGGCCUGGGUCAGCCAGCGGACCGAGUGACCCGUGGCCUGACCUGGGUCAGACAGUGGGCUGGGUGACCCAGUGACCUGACCUGGGUCAGACAGUGGGCUGAGUGACCUGUAACCUAACCUGGGUACGUCGGCGAACGGAGUGACCUAACCUGGGUUAGCCGGCGGGCUGAGUGAGUGACCUGUGAACUCGCCUGACCUGGGUUAGCGGUCCGGCGUCCUCCGGUGCUGGAUACGAUGGAGCAGUGGCUAGAUUGCCCGUGACCUGACCUCGGACAAUCAGCGGUUCAGUACCCUUAUAAUACACUGCCACUUGAUAUUAUAAGGUCAGGUUCAGGUCAGUCGCAUCUGAUUAGGUGCCCUUGCAUGUUGGACAUAAUGGAAUAUCGGAGUGAGUAGCCCUUUGACCUGGCCUGGGUUGGCCAGCGGUACAUACACUGAUCUAAAAUGACGGACGUACCGAGCGGUGGGCCGAUCCUCUACGGUAUGGGCUAGAUCGUGUUAAAUAUUUUCUUGUUAACAUUGUGUAUUCAGAGUGGAAUUCGGUGAAGAUUAUGGGUUGAAAUGUGGAGCACCAGGGCGGUGCAUUUAUACCGAGUGCAAUUAUGAAGCGUGGGUUCAAUACAAAAUGAAAAUAGGA